ACUGGAGAAGCACGGUGCUUAUAGCAUUCAGAUCAGAUCAGUUGUGGCAUAGGCAACAUGGGAUCACAAGCGAUAUUUGGAUUGAGCUGCCUGCUUUUGCUUUGUGCUGCGGUUAGCGCACAAAAAACAUAUGAUGGACGCAAUGGUCCGCACGUAUUUGGAACACCUGGCCAGCAGGUAUAUAUACGCGGUCAAAAUGAAGGCAGCUACCAGGUGCCUGGUGUGGCUGGCACGUUCCAGAACUCGCCUGGAAGUGGAUCGCACAGCUAUACAGACGAGCAGGGCAACACCUAUGUGCAUAAUAAGAAUGGCCCCGGCCAACCAGCUACCCACAGCAUAAGUGGACCGAGUUUAGUGGCCCAGCGCGGACCGGCAGCGAAUGCAUAUCGUGGUCGCCGAGGCGUCGUAGUGAGCCGUCCGGAUCGUGUUGUCGUCAGCAGCGGUGGUCAACACUACGCUGGUCGCAGUAGUCGCGACAUUCACGUUGCUCGCCCGGAUCGCACGGUCGACUAUGGCGGCCCUGGCGGUGAUUUUGUUAUACAACGAGGCCGUCGUAGCCCACAGUCUGUGCUCGUGAGCCGUCCGGAUCGUGUUGUCGCCAGCGGCGGCGGUCAAGUUUACGUUGGCCGCAGUAGUCGCGACAUUCAUGUUGCUCGCCCGGAUCGCACCGUCGACUAUGGCGGCCCUGGCGGUGACUUUGUAAUACAACGAGCGCGCCGCAGCCCCCAGUCUGGGCACGUGAGCCGUCCGGAUGGACGCUCUGUUAGCUAUGGCGAAGGCGGCUUCAUUGUCAAUGGCCACGAUGGCCGCACUGUCGCCCACUCCCGUCAAAGACGCGCUCGUGUCCAAGGUGAAAACUUUGUGGCACGCGAUGAUCAAGCUGGAGUCUGGAACGAUGGUGUCUCUGUUUGGAAGCGCCCGGACGGACGCACAGUUAGCAUUGACAGCAAUGGCAACGUCAUCACCUCAGGCAGCCCCAAUGGACGUGGUCCACAACGCUAUUCCGGUUAAUCCUAGAUGGAGAAACAAUCGUAAAAAUCAAAUGUAUAAAAUAGGGCAGUAAUUAUUAUUGCUUAGUUAACUCCUAAAUCAAAUAAAUAAGUAAAUAACGACCUA